UAUUAUUACUGCUGACUGCUGUUGUCAAGAUGGCGCUGCGGCCAGGAUCUGGGGGAGGCAGCAGCUUCAUGUAUCCAGUUGGAGGGGGUCUGGGACCGCCUCAAGGUAUGUUACCUAUGCAGCAACAGCAGCCACAGCAGCAGCAAGGCUUCCCAAUGGUCCCCGUCAUGCAGCCCAACAUGCAGGGCAUGAUGGGUAUGAAUUUUGGAGCACAGAUGGCCCCAGGCGCCAUUCCUAUCCAGAGCGGGAUGGCGAUGGGCAUGCAAACUCCUGGGAUGCAGUUCUUGGGUCAGCCGCAGUUCAUGGGCAUGCGGCCCGCCGGACCCCAGUACACAGCUGACAUGCAGAAACAAAUGGCCGAGGAGCAUCAAAAACGUUUGGAGCAUCAGCAAAAGAUGCUGGAGGAGGACAGGAAAAGAAGACAAUUUGAGGAGCAGAAGCAAAAGCUGAGGCUUCUCAGCAGUGUCAAACCCAAGACGGGGGAGAAGAGCCGCGACGACGCCUUGGAGGCAAUCAAAGGGAAUUUGGACGGCUUCAGCAGAGACGCAAAGAUGCAUCCCACACCAUCUUCACAAACCAAGAAGCCAGACUCAUCGCCAUCACACGCAUCUACCACCGCUCACUCUCUCCCUCCGGCUUUGUCCGAGGAUAAUGACGAGUUUAGUGACUUUCAAGGGCCGGUCGGCGCCCCCGCCUUUUUCCCUCCACCUUCUGCCUCCCCCUCCCCCUUCGGUCCCCCUUGUCAGCCACCCGUUCAGCCUUCAUCCUCUCCCUCCAUGGGCUUCGCAGAGGAUGAUGACGAGUUUAGCGACUUUGUUCAGGGACCUGUAAACACUUUUCCUUCCUCGCACUUCACCCUCUCCUCUCGAGCUCAAGCCCAACCGUCACCCCCUUCCUCACAGCCCCUCCCUGCCUCUGUUUCCAUUUCCACUGCCACCCAACACUCUGCUGUCAGCACCAUCUCCCAACCUGCGUUUCAAGGACCAUCGCUGGAAGAAAAGCUGUUCUCCUCGUGUGAUCUUACUGCUGAAAAAUCCGCCCAACUGAACUUUAGAGCCAAGCAGAGUUUGACUCAAAUGGCUCCUAAAACUAAAGUUUCCUCUCAGUUUCAAACCAGCCCUAAUGCAAGGGACUGGGCUGCAGCCUCUGAGGAUUUGAACUCUGCUUUCACCUUACAAAAUCCACAAGACUCCCUGGUGCCACCCAACCUUCCCCCAUCAACUGCAGGAGCAUCGCCUCAAAAUAGUAGUAACAGUGGUGUUGGUGUGUACCCACAACAAGAGCACAUUCAGUCCAUCCUGCCAGCCUGGCUUUACAAUGACAGCCUCCUCCCUGAAAUGUAUAAAAAGGUACUUGAAUUCACAAUGACCUCAGCAGGGAUCGACACGGCAAAGCUCUACCCCAUACUGAUGUCGUCGGGUCUUCCUAGAGAAGCUCUGGGGCAAAUCUGGGCGACAGCCAACCGCACAACACCUGGCAUGCUGACCAAAGAGGAGCUUUACACUGUACUAGCACUAAUUGGUGUAGCACAGAGUGGCCUCCCAGCAAUGAAUGUGGAAAUCCUGGGUCAGUUUGCAUCUCCGCCUGUGCCCAACCUGCCAGCUCUGGCCAUGGCCAUGGCCCCUGUCAUGCACCAGCAGCCCAUCAUGACCCAACCCCCCGUCUCCAUGCCAGUGCCCUCUCAAGCUGCAACAGGAAUGACCAUGACCCCUGCAGCUCAGGCACAGCCACCGACGAACACAAGUUUUAUUGCCAGCUUCCCUCCUGCGCAGGCCACCAAAUCUGAAGACGAUGAGUUCCAGGACUUCCAGGAGGCUCCGAAGGCGGGGACAGGAGAUUCCACUUUCAGCGAUUUCCAGGGGGAAUCGGGAGGAAGUUUCCCUAAAACUGCUGCACUUCAACACCAAAACAGCACACCUGCUAUGCUGACUCCUGUGUCUGGCUCCGCCUCCUCCUCGGUCACGUCCUCUGAUAAGUAUGCCGUGUUCAAGCAGCUGUCUGUGGAUCAGCCUGCAGAGCCAACGCCCCCUACCUCAGACAUUGGAGACAAAUACAGUGUGUUCAGACAGUUGGAACAACCUGCUGACAAGAAACCAGUUGGGGAAGGAUUUGCAGACUUCAAGUCUGUCGGCGCUGAUGAUGGCUUCACAGACUUUAAAACCGCCGACAGCGUCUCUCCACUAGAUCCCUCAGAUCAAGCCAAAAUCUUUCAGCCUGCCUUUUCCUCCGCUUUCCCAAACUCUCAGUCUUUACAGCAGCUUCCGCAGCAGCCACAGCCCACGGCACCGGCCUCUCAGCCCAAAAACCCUCUUAACAUGGCCGACCUGGACCUUUUCUCUUCUGUUCCUGCGCCCUCUGAGACUAAGCACACUGCGUUCCCCACUGUCUCUGCCCCCCCCUCUUUAGUGCUUCUGCCUGCUGGAGCUAAACCUCCAGGCGGAGGGUCGGAUGAUUUUGGUGACUUUGCCCUCUUUGGCUCUUCAUCUGACCCCAGUAAAGCUUCAGCAGCAGCAGGAGGAGCUACAGCCGCAGCAUCUCAGGAUGACUUUGCAGACUUCAUGGCAUUCGGCAGCUCUGAUGUUGAGCCUAAAGGGGAGAGCAGCACACGGGUCCACGGGGAGACCACCCCACAGCAGCAGCAGCAGCAGCAGGGUUCAGACAAGUAUGACGUGUUCAAGCAGCUUUCCCUGGAAGGAGGUCUUUCGUACGACGACAACAAAGAGAACAGCGGCGGUUCCUUCUCUUCCCUCAAAAGCUACACAGACGACUUUGCUGACUUUCAGUCCUCAAAGUUUUGCACAGCACUAGGGGCUUCGGAAAAGACUCUAGUCGACAAAGUAUCUGCUUUCAAACAAGCCAAGGAAGACUCCGCCUCCGUCAAAUCCCUCGACCUGCCGUCCAUCGGCGGGAGCAGCGUGGGGAAGGAUGACUCUGAGGACGCGCUGUCAGUACAGCUGGACAUGAAGCUGUCAGACAUGGGUGGGGACCUGAAGCACGUGAUGUCCGACAGCUCCUUGGAUUUGCCAGGUCUUUCGUCCCACCAGCCCCCAGCUACAGAAGGAGACGACAUGAAAUUUGACCCUUUCGGGACGUCCGCCCUCAGCUCCUUGGCUAGCUAUGACUGGUCAGACCGGGAGGAAACUCUGCCAGGUGAGGUCAGGAAGCGGCAGGGCGUGGAGGGAGGUUCCCUUCCAUCAUUAAUCCCAUCCCAGAGGAAGCAGCUGAGCUUCGGUAGCACUGAAAACAUCACGAGCUGCUCCACAGCAAGGGCCACCGCAGAGGAUGGCGCAUCUGAAGCAAACAAGUUUGAGGCCUUUGCCGACUUCAGCUCCAACCAAGGCAGAGCUGAUGACGAGGACGACUUCGGAGACUUUGCGAGCACCGUUUCCGAAAACUCUCACUCCACUGCCGUGGAGGCCAGCUCUGAGGGGAAACAAGGCGAGCCCCCAGACGAGUUUGGCGCCUUCCAAGGGGACAAGCCCAAGUUUGAAAAGUCAGACUUCCUUAAAGCCAGCGCUCAGGCCAAAGUCAAGUCCAGCGAGGAGAUGAUCAAGAAUGAACUGGCAACCUUUGACCUCUCAGUUCAAGGCUCCCACAAACGCAGUCACAGUUUAGGCGAGAGGGAAAUUGGCCGAUCGCCGCCGUCUCCAGCUCCCGAGCAGCAUUUCAGAGACAGAUCCAACACGCUAAGCGAAAAACCAGCCCUGCCGGUCAUCUGGGACAAGUACAAAAACCUGACCGGAGAGGUGGAGGAGAGCGAGCGCUAUGCUUAUGAGUGGCAAAGGUGUCUGGAAAGUGCUCUGGAGGUUAUCACCAAAGCCAACAACACCCUGAACAGCAUCAGCAGCUCUGCUGUCUGCACAGAGGUCAUCCAGUCUGCUCAGGGCAUGGAGUAUCUGCUGGGCGUGGUGGAAGUGUAUCGCGUCACCAGACGAGUGGAGCUGGGCAUCAAGGCGACGGCGGUGUGUUCGGAGAAGCUGCAGGUGCUGCUCAAGGACAUGAGCCGCGUGUGGAACAACCUCUUAAGCUUCAUGUCUAUGGCCAAGCUUGCGCCGGAUGAAAGCUCUCUGGAUUUCUCCUCCUGCAUUCUGAGGCACGGCAUUAAGAAUGCCAAGGAGCUGGCCUGUGGAGUUUGCCUGCUCAACGUCGAGGCUCGCAGCAAGAACAAAGCCGGCAGCGCUUUGGGACGCCUGUUUAAACGAGCUUUCAACUCCGAGACGGACAACUUCAAGUUGAUGUAUGGGGGCCACCAGUACCACGCCAGCUGUGCCAAUUUCUGGAUCAACUGCGUGGAGCCCAAACCCCCCGGCCUCAUCCUGCCUGACCUGCUCUGAGCUGCCACGGCAACGAUGCGGGGUCUAAUUAGGAGUUUGUCACCUCGCAGUGAAAGCAGAGCGAGGACGUUAAAGUCACUAGAUCCGUCUGUAUUCCUCUUAUUUUCCCUUUCAGUUUUCGACCCUCAGCUGUCGGUCAGACCGCCCGUGUGAUGACCCGUUCUCCCUCCACGACCUCAUUGUUACACAUCCAGACAAACCACUAAGGUCAACAGAGGAGGCCCUUUGAAAUCAAUCACUACUGCUGCUUGUUUUCCUCUUGAUUAUGGGUGAAAGAUGAGUUAAGACUGCAAAAUAAUCUUUAAGAUAUUUUUAAUUAGGCGUGCAAUACUGUUGAAAACACUGGUAGCAAAUUUUAUUUUGUUGUUUUAAUGUUACUUUGGUUCUUUUUUUAUUUUAUUGUGAAGGAAACACAUUGAAGUGAAACAUUGUACUUGAAAUACAUGCAUCUACCAGAAGUUUGGUGGAAGUCGAAGUAUCUUAUGAUUUAUGUGUAUAAAUACACACACUCACCACCAUUAAACUGUUCAAUGCAGUUUAAUGGUGGUGAAUAGGAAUAAAUAUUAAAAUAUGAAAUUCAAAGUUUCUGCUGUACUGUAAGACAGCAUCACUGUUUUAUGUGUGGUAUUGAAUGAAUUCCUCUGAAUGUCUUUUGCACUGAUGGGAGGAAACCCCAGCACCUAUUUGGGGGGUAUUUAUGUAUAUUUUAGAUACUUUGAGACAAAGGAGUGAAUAUGUGGCUUACAUACAGGGAUAAAAGCUAAGAGUUAAAAGUGAAAGAAAAGACUUUUGUGUCCGGAAGAGUUUGGUUUUCUGUGUACCGUGUUGUAACUAUAGAAAAAUGGAAAUGAGACUCCAAUAAACAUUUGUGCUUUCAGGA